AUGCUCUCUGUCACUGGUCGAGUCUCCAUAGGAUAUCUGGGAACUGAGCCCAAUUUAUACAAGGUUCCGGUCGACAAUCGUUUUAUUGACUUCAAAGCGAAAAUUCAAGAGAUGCGUACAAUUGAGGCCUCAAUCAAGGAUACGGGUACGAUAGACAUGGCGAUGGAGGACACUCCACCGAUUCAACCGUCCAUCAUUUGCCUGUGCCGAUACACCGUGUACUGCCUCACCACCGGCGGUACCGUCCGAUGGCAAAUUCGCCUUGAACGCGUUGGAACGGCGCUCAUGGUUUACAACACUGGAAGUGAGUUCUAG